AUGUCAGAUAUUGUCACUAUUGCUGUAUUUUGUGGAGUUUCUUGGCUGUUCUUCAAAGUCCUACGCUUCGGUCGUCGAGAGGAUACACUCCCUCCUGGUCCACCAACAGUUCCGAUCCUGGGAAACGCCCACCUGCUUCCCACAAAGUUUCCCUAUAUCAAGCAUUGGGGUACACACUAUGACGGCAUCUUCUCACUCAAAGUCCUGAAUGGAGCAAUCGUUGUAGUUUCCGAUAUGAAGACAGUCAAGGAGCUCUUGGAUGACCGCAGCGCCGAGUUUGCCUCCCGCCCUGUAUUUCUGGGUAUGGAUGCAGUAACAGGUGGUCGUUACAUUGUAGCAUCCCCUGCUGAGAGCCACUUCUGGAAGAUAACCCGAAAGGUUAUUCAACCUCUGGUAUCCCCUCAAGCCGUGCAGAAGUAUUGUCCUCUUGCAGACAUGGAAACAACACAGUUGUUGUACGACAUCUUGCAUGAACCCGAGGCCCUCUACAACCAUAUCACUCGCUCAAUGCUCUCGUUUAUUACGACCAUUGUCUUUGGGCAGCGCACCUCAGAACACGACUCCCCUAUUGUGAUUGCCUUUAGGGAGUAUAUCGAGCAAAUUUUCAGAGUAUUCUCUCCCGAAUCAGUGCCGGUCAAUUUUAUUCCUGCUCUCAUGUACGUACCGGAACGAUGGGCUCCCUGGAAGAAAAUGUGGAAGAAGAUACAAGCUAUGCAGUGUUCUCUUUAUUUCAAACUAUUUCGCGAGGUUGAGAGGCGGAAGAGAGCGGGAAUGAUCGACGAGUGCUUCGCUGCGAAGAUGUUGGAACAGCAAGAAGAUCUAGCACUGGAACGUGAUACCAUUGUGUACAUCUGCGGGGUCCUUUUAGAUGGAGGGGCAGAGACUACUGCCUCAUUUUUGCAGAAUCUCAUUCUAUGUCUGGUAAAAUACCCAGCGGUAUUAAAGAAAGCCCAAGCUGAGGUGGAUAAUGCCGUUGGAGACAGACUUCCAGAUUCCAACGAUAUAAAAUCCAUGCCCUAUGUUCAAGCCAUCAUCAAAGAGACUCAUCGCUUCCUGCCCACUGCGCCGACUUCCAUCCCGCACGCUUCUGUUGAUGACUCGGAGUAUCGAGGAUAUAUCAUCCCCAGAAAAACACCCAUUCUCAUCAAUGUCUAUCGUGACUUAGAGCUCUAUGAACGACCUGAGGCAUUCUGGCCUGAGAGGUAUCUGCUAUCGCCAGAUGGUACUAUGUCGGGACUACCCGAUGGUACGGGUUACACUCGUACAACACUGCCCUUCGGAAGUGGAAAGAGGUUAUGUCCUGGAAUGCACCUUGCUAAUACCAACAUUAAUCUGGCUGUCAUGCGUCUUCUCUGGGCAUUCGACUUCGCUUCUAUUGAUAGUACCGCCCCUUCGACGCCAAAAUGGGAUAUUGAGAAUGAAUUUGUUGACGGUAUUACGUUGAGUGCAAAACCAUUCCAAUGCAAAAUUACGCCACGCAGCACAAGGAAAGCAUCCAUCAUUGAAAAAUCGUACAAAUCACUCAGAGAUGGUUUUGGCGGUCAACUACAGUAA